CCGUAGUUACUUCCAUUACAGAAUGAUGUAGCACUAAAGCACAAUCACCUAUCAUGUCGACAUCAACGCAAUCCGCGUGGCUCUUUUAUUCUGUAACAAGUGGAGCAUGCGCAGCUUUCAAUGGCGUCUUCGCGAAACUCACAACGACAGAGCUAACGAGCUCCUGGUCGAGCUCUCUGGCUGCUGCAUUCGGUCUUGAUCCAUCGAACAAGUUCUUCGAGUAUGCUUUACGCGCCGCUUUCUUCGGCAUGAACCUUCUCUUCAACGCCAUAAUGUGGGGCCUCUUCACACGCGCUCUCACCCUCGCAUCCUCCACCGUCCGGGUGUCCGUGAUCAACACGUCGGCGAACUUCAUGAUAACUGCGAUCAUGUCCGCGCUCAUAUUCUCUGAAAGCCUGCCGGGGCUGUGGUGGCUCGGCGCUGCGAUGCUUGUAGCUGGUAGCGUGAUAGUCGGCAUGAGGGAAGAGGGGGAGAAGAAAGAGAUUGUGACCGGCACCGGUGAAGCGCCAUUGCUGAACACCGAGGGCGAGGCGAACGCAGACUUCAGAGAUAGCGACGAUGAGGCGCAGUCGAGGCAUGAGCUUGGCAACUUUAGGCGCAGGAGUAACAGCAGUGAGCGCAGCGAUGCGGACGGGACGCUGAGAUAGCUUUUGCUACGGAGCCACCUCAAGAUUCAGACAAGUGCUUUAUACCAGGAGUUAUUUUGAGUCCGCGUCGAGAACCUCUUAGCUCCAAUUAAGUGCUCGUGCCCGUGCCUGCUCUGGCUCUCGUGUUGUCGCAGGUAAAACACCUCUGGGCUCUUCGUUGGAAUCAAGCAUUGCAAUGUCCUCGCGACAAGCACGUAUCUCUGGCUCUUGCAAAAAACAAUCGAUCCUGGGGUAUAUAAGUUGUUAU